CUUGCGGUCACCGACACCUGCCCUCUCCGAAACCCACCGCCCUCUUCGUCCUCGUCUUCCACUUCCACAGAACCAUCGAUGAGAUCAGCUGCGCCGCGGUGACCUGGUGAUGUCCCAUUUCUACUACCUUCUUGGCCGAUUCACUUCCAUCGAGACAGUGGUGAUCUCCUCUAGAAGCUGCUCGUUUCCCUCGGGGUUUUCUCGUCGAAGCUUUUCGUUUCCUUGGACGUUCUUGACCCGAUCCUGCUUCUUUCUUUGGCAGCCCAUGUCGAAGAAGGUGAUCACGAGAGAGGAGUGGGAGAGGAAACUCAAGGAUGUCAAGAUUAGGAAGGAGGACAUGAAUAAGCUCGUCAUGAACUUUCUCGUCACCGAGGGCUACGUGGAGGCGGCCGAGAAGUUCCGGGUCGAAUCCGGCACCGAGCCGGACAUUGAUCUUGCCACGAUAACUGAUCGCAUGGCCGUGAAGAAGGCGCUGCAGUCGGGCAAUGUCGAGGAUGCGAUCGAGAAAGUUAAUGAUUUGAACCCCACGAUUCUAGAUACCAAUCCCCAACUUUAUUUUCAUUUACAGCAACAGAGACUGAUUGAGUUGAUCCGCAGUGGAAAAAUAGAGGAAGCUCUAGAGUUUGCCCAGGAGGAGCUUGCACCAAGGGGGGAAGAAAAUCAAAGUUUUCUAGAAGAGUUGGAGAGGACAGUAGCUCUCCUGGCAUUUGAAGAUGUUAAGAAUUGUCCUUAUGGAGAGCUUCUAGAUGUGUCACAACGCUUGAAAACUGCAAGCGAGCUCAAUGCUGCCAUACUAACAAGCCAAAGUCAUGAGAAAGAUCCAAAGCUUCCAAGUUUGCUGAAGAUGCUGAUAUGGGCUCAGAACCAGCUGGAUGAGAAGGCUGCUUAUCCAAGAAUCAACAAUCUAACAACGGCAGCACUCGAAGACCCAGCAGUCUAAAUAUAUGCAGUUUCUCAGAUCACUACUAGGUCCAUUUCUGUGGUUCCGGACCGGUGCUCCGGUAUCGUAUAAAAAGGCUCCAACAUGCAUUAUGCGUGGCUGCUAGGCAAAGUUUAGCUUCGUAACUCGAAUGUGUACAUUACUGGAAUUACUGGAAAGCUCAUCAUGAUUCUCUUUUAAUUUGGAUGGUAUUAAAUGGGCUGACAUGUGUGUUGAGUUUUUA